CAGAUAACAUCGAUACCAGAUUGGCCUUAGCGCACGUUUCUUACAUGCAGGCUCUAAUCUAUGGACAUUUUUGACAUAAAAUGACAGACUACGGCGAAGAGCAGCGGAAUGAACUAGAAGCAAUAGAGUCUAUUUACCCAGACUCGUUUACAGUGCUUUCAGAAGGUCCCACAAGCUUCACCAUUACAGUUACGUCUGAUGCUGGAGAAAAUGAUGAGAUGGUGGAGGUGACCCUAAAAUUUACAUAUGUGGAGAAAUAUCCAGACGAGCCCCCUCUCUGGGAGAUCAAUUCACAGGAGAACCUGGAAGAUUCAGAUGCAGAAGAUAUUCUGGCACUUUUAAAGCAACAGGCAGAAGAAAACCUGGGAAUGGUUAUGAUAUUCACAUUAGUGACAGCUGUGCAAGAGAAACUUAAUGAAAUAGUUGACCAGAUUAAGAGCAGAAGAGAAGAGGAGAAACAAAGAAAAGAUAGAGAGGCUGAAGAAGCCGAAAAGGUUGCAUUCCAAGGUACUGUGGUCACAAUUGAGAACUUUUUAUCAUGGAAAGCAAGGUUUGAACAAGAAAUGACAGAACUAAAGAGGAAAAAGCAGAAAGAAGAGGAGCUGGCAGCAAAGGGAAAACUUACAGGAAAACAGCUCUUUGAGACUGACCAUAAUCUUGACACAUCAGAUAUUCAGUUUUUGGAGGAUGGUGGGAACAGUGUGGAAGUGGACGAGUCCCUAUUCCAAGACAUGGAUGAUUUGGACCUGGAUGAAGAUGACCCUGAUUUCAACCCACUGGAUCUGGGUAGUGAUGAAGACUGAAGUGUGUUAACAACUGACCAGACAUGAAUGCUAUACAUGCCAACAUCCUCUGCCUUGUGGAGCAGGACUUCAGCUCAACCAUUCUAAACACAAACUUUUUAGUCACUACCAUCCUAUGAUGCUGUAUAUUACAAUAAUGUACCAUCAUUUGUACAAUUAUUGCAAUUAAAAUCCAUCAACAUGUUUUGCUCUGCUGACUGGCUUCAUUGACAUAAGAAAACAGAAAGGCUGAUGUUCAACAGAGACAUGGCUUGGCAGGUAGCAUGCAUGCAAUAAAGUGUGUAUUGGCACUUUUCAAUUCUGGCUUCCCAUCCACUUCUUUUCUCCCUAUUAUUUCCAUCCUCCACUCUUGACUGUAUUCUGUUUGUAUAAAAUGUAUACAAAGGUUGAUUUUCAUGCACAUUUAAUAACAGUUAACAAAAAACUGGGUGAAAUGGAAUCUCUUUGAAAUUUGGUUAAAGACAUGUUAUAACCUCCAUAUAUAUAAGAGCGUUUCAGUAUUUAAAUAUGUUUGUGUAUGCAGUGAUCUUUUAUUUUGCAUUUACAUUACUGCUCUUAAUUACUUUGUAUUUCACUAACGAACGUCAUAAACGAAAUAUUACAAAUAUAAUAUUUUUUUUGUUGUGCACUUCCAAUCAAAAGUAAUUGCAAAAACCACAGUAUUCCAGAAGAGGGCAGUAGUAAGUCCUCUCACGAUUAAUUCUGAACACCCUUGAACUUGCCAUGGUAAAUAUAUUCAACUAGUGACUUAGAUAAAAUACUAGCAAACCCUUAUUCAUUUACACCAAAUAGUCCACCAUUUUCAUUUAAACU